UCGAUAUUCCCCAGUUUUAGCUGGGGCGUAUUCAGUCACCUGACGCGUUUAGACCAAUCCUGCGCAAGCGGCAAGCGAGAAUAUUUGAUGGAUUAUAAUGGCUCAUAUACCAUGAUGGCUAAGCCUGCUAAGCCAAUGGAAACGCUUAAAAUGUGUUAUCCCAUGACCCAGUUUUUAAUAACAUGGAAUAUCGAAGUUACUCGCAUUUAAUUUUCUCGUUAUACAAAUUAACGAAAAUGCAAGUGACUCGUGGGAUAUUCCAUGAUAUACCACGAAGAAGUGUUGCAUAACUAUUUUAUACGAUGCCAUAAAAAAUACAGUGGCCAGAACAAUCAAUGCGGUGGACGAUGGAAAGGAUGGGUGUUAUACUGUUGAGUUUUCAAAGGCUAUCCUGUAUUCUGAUUGGCCGUAUUUUUCUAUGGCAUGCAUUACAUGAGUAUUCAAAGGCUUUCCUGUAUUCUGAUUAGCUGUAUUUUCAAUGGCGUGGUAUAAAUAUAUACCGUCGGGUAUUGAACAGCUUUCCUGCAAAACUGCAAAGAGCAUAAUUAUUAUUUAUUCUCUCGAACAUCAGCAACGGAGACGAACAGGAGUUCGUCUGCACCGAGCGCACCGAUUUUUUGUUUUUACGCGAGUAUACGUGAUGAAAAACGCGCUUCUCAUCUGCCCAAUGCGUCACUCAGACAGUUGCUGUCGUUUUUACUCAGUUGACUGUGGCGAUGAAUACCUCAUUUAUUCAAAGCUUGAUUCUCUUGUGUAUUAGCGAUUUCAAUAAUAUGAAGCAAAAAAAUACAACCUUUAUAAUGUUAUCUUAUUAAAUUAUACAUGUGUAUGUAGUUUUCCUUUUUCUAAAAGAUAAAAAAAUUGUAAUUAUAAUAAUUACAUCAUAUUGCUCGUUUCUUCUGAUUUCUCUCUUAAUUUGGUCGAUUUCUGGCAAAUAGAUGAACAGCCCUACUGGAAAUUACAUCUAUGUGUUUUUAAUUGCAACGCUGGACUUUCUGUAAAUGACAGCACAUUUCCCUGUUGACUUACUGAAAGUAAAAUUACUCACAAACAAGUAUUCUUUCACGAAAAAUAGAAUAAGGCAACGACGGAAACGUCUCUUUUUUUGUUUGUUCAUUUGUUUUUUCUUUUUUCUUCUUUUCAGUGAGUAAACACGCGAUCUUUACGCCGAUGGAUUAUGUUGUUCUAAGAUUUGACUGAAUUUCCUCUUAACUCUGAAAUGCCGCGAUAAUGUUGAUCAAAAGUUUACUGAAGUUCACUACUGGGGUUCUAAUUAUUUCGGCUUCAAGUUCUGUUUUCUGCGAAUCUUGUGAAAAUACCAUUGGAAAUUUCCAAGAAAUGUUACAAAGAUGCCAACAACCCGGACGACUCGAGCCAAGACCCAGCAUGAAGCUCUUUCAGCAACAAGUUUUAACGCAGAUGGAAUGUCUUGACAUUUGCUUGCGAACUGCAGAGUGUGGUUCUUUUGAUGUAAAACAAACGUACUCGGAAAAUCCCAGAAAGCCGUUUUGGAUUUGUGUCAUUAACCGAAGAGUUAACUCUCAAGGCCCAACGCCCAAAUUGGAACGUAAACAAAAUGGAUGCUCGCAAGAUCUACAAAAGAUUUUGGCAUCAGCAGCUGAAGCUUGCUUGAGUAGAACGGACAACAGUCGUCUUAAGAGAAAUGAUGAGCCAUUAUAACAUUGUUGUACUUUUAAAAGGUGGAAAGACGUCAUCUGUUCAGAUUUCCUAACGUGAAACUAUAUGCCCCGUCCACACUGCGUCGGAGAAAUUUGAAAACGGAGUUUUCAGUCUAAAAACGCAUCAAAUAUUUU